AUGCUCGGCAAGGAGAUUGCAAGCUACGAUCUGCAACCAUGCAUAUACCUCCCAAUCCGCCAACAGAAUGAGUCGUGGGAAUGCCUUACCGGGCAGUUCUGCCUCUCUCUCGCCCGAGCCGCCCAUUUCAAAGGCAUCAAAGUACAACUAGUUGGCAAAAUGAAGACCCCCCGGUAUGGUAUCUUCGUGGCCCAGGAGCGCGAGGAAAUCACCUUCGAGCGCAGCCAAGCCCUAGCAUUCUCGAAAACGCGUAACGCGUUCACAAUGCCUGCUGGCAACUAUGAGUUCCCAUUCGAGAUCCCUCUAUCGGGUCUGCGCUUUGACACCCUCGUCGGUCCGAAACAUGAAUACUAUACCUACCACGUCGAGGUUACGGUUGAGCGCUGGAUGUGGCGGGACCUUGUUGUGUCCCAGCCUGUGAGGAUAUAUAGAUACCCUAAGCCUGAUAUUGGCCGCGGUAUGCCGAAGUCUGUCGCCGGACACUCAAACCAAGACCUCGCAUACCACUUCUCGAUCCCCGACACGCUCAUCCCUCACGGCGGUACAUUCCCAGUAGACUGCUGGUUCGUACCACUUUCAACAUCCCUAACGGUAACCGGCAUCACUGUGCGCAUUAUCGAGAAGCACGAACUCGCGUUCCCCGCAACAGCCGCCGAAUCUGUGCAGUAUAGUACGUACUUCAUCACGUCUAGCGAGAGUCACGUCAUCUUCGAGGAGAAACAUGAUUUCACCGUGCUCGGCGGCGCUCUAUCUUCAGGCAAAGACGCAGAUGUGCAGCAGAUAAGCAUGCCCGUGCGAUUGCCGGGUGAUCCAGGCGCCUGUUCGCAGAGCUACUCAUCCCGGAAAAUCAAGAUCGAUCAUGUUCUUCUUGUGACGGUUGAGUGUAUAGACGGAGCUGGAGAAUGUGUAAAAAUGUUAGCGGAAGCAAUCCCCCUCCAUAUCUAUAUGAGACCAACAGGAAAAGACAAGGAUAGCCGGGGCCCUACGUCCAGCGCGAAAAGCGACAACUGCCCUCCGGUUUACGGGGAACAUCAGCUGGAUCUGAUGAUUCUGGACCCGAAGGGGGUGGAAGGGGAUGACCAGGUGCCGAGUAUAGCUCUGUGUCCGGGGUAUACGGGUGUGCAGUCUGGUGAAGCUGUUUUAUGA